UUGAACUGUUGACGUUUUGUCUAAUGUUUAAAUAAUAAUAAUCUUUUUUAAGCCUAUUAUUAAUUUUAUCGAGGUAUUUAACCUUAUCAUUCAGUACGUACCGGGUUGUUGGCGAAUAACAUCAUGUUAAACGUUCAUUAUAGUGUAUCUAAGUGAUAAUUAGUCAUCAUCAACUAAAAAUAAAAAAAUAAACAUGACUGUUGAAGCUAAUCAAGAAGAUCCAAAUGAAAACUCGCUGUUUUGGAAGAAGAUCGGUUCUGCCCUGUUUUACGCAGUAGCUUCUUUCAUGAUAACCGUCGUGAAUAAGACUGUCCUUACCAGUUAUGGAUUUCCAUCGUUUGAAGUUUUGGGCAUCGGACAAAUGGUGGCAACUAUACUAGUUUUGUUUAUUGGAAAAAAACUAAGAAUAGUAUCGUUUCCAAGCUUCGACCUUAACACAGCUAAAAAAAUAUUUCCUCUACCCCUCAUUUACAUUGGAAAUAUGAUUUUUGGACUGGGAGGAACCAAAGAAUUGUCACUACCGAUGUUCACAGCAUUAAGGAGGUUUUCAAUACUUAUGACAAUGAUCCUGGAGCUGUAUGUAUUAGGAGUAAGGCCGAGUUUUAGUGUACAGUUUUGUGUUUACAUGAUGGUCAUCGGAGCCGUCUUAGCAGCAAGUAAUGACUUAGCUUUUAACCUUCAAGGAUAUAUUUUUGUCUUGAUUAAUGACUUUUUUACGGCUAUAAACGGCGUGUAUACUAAAAAGAAGCUGGAUUCUAAGGAUUUAGGCAAAUACGGACUGAUGUUCUACAAUUCUUUGUUCAUGAUCGUUCCGGCAAUAUUUUUAUCGUUUUAUACUGGUGGUUUAGAGCUAGCAUACAACUACAAUCGAUGGGAAGACCCUCUUUUCUUAUUUCAGUUUUUCCUCUCAUGCGUAAUGGGUUUCGUAUUAAUGUAUAGUGUGAUUCUGUGUACUUUAUAUAAUUCAGCAUUGACUACAACCAUUAUAGGUUGUCUAAAGAACAUUUGUGUUACCUAUUUAGGUAUGUUCAUUGGAGGAGACUAUAUAUUUUCGUGGCUCAAUUUUAUAGGAUUAAAUAUUAGUGUAGUGGGAAGUUUGUUGUAUACCUACGUGACAUUUAAGAAGAAGGAACCACCAAAAGGGGGUAAUUAUGCUCCACUGACAAAUGAAAAAUCCAGUGGGAUAGUAUAGUAUAAGGUUUUUUAAACAUACAAGACAAUGGGUGAUAUUUGUUUUAGUUUUUUAGAAAUUUGAGUUAAUGUUACAGUGACUGGAUUAUUAACUGAUAUUGUUUAGUUGAGAUACAGGGUAAGCAAAGAGAUUGUAUAUGAAAUGUGUAAAUGUGCUUUAAGACAGUAUAUUAUAGUUAAAAUUAGUUAAAAGUAUAAAAAAGGAGGUAAUAUUUUUUGUCAAAAGUGACAAAUAUGUGUGCAAUACUGUUUUGUUCAAUUGUGGUGCUAUAAUUUAUAGGAAAUAAAGAUGUUUGAUAAUAUGUA